CUGUUGUUUGAUUUAUGAACAAUGAGAACAGCUAGAAGUGGGCUUUAAGAUAAGACUGUAACGGAAGCUUAUGGAAUCUGGGAAAUUGCUUAUAAUCACACGCCUUACGAGGCUCGUUUACAAAGCAGGAAAACCGCGUUUUGAAUGAGAAACGUACCCCACUGCUAGGUAGUCCGGAGAGUUGAUUGAAGUCGAUUCGCGAAGGCAAUUCAACGCAGCGCAGUUAAAAUGGUGUUUAGGUGUGUAAUCCUUUGUUUGGCCUUGGCCAUAUCUUUCUGCCAGACAGAAUCAAAAUAUCUUCUUCAUCCGAAGUUCAGAGGGACGUUUAUGGAGAAAAAUUUUGACGAAGCAUCAGGCCAGUGUCAGUAUUUUGACCAACACUAUAGUGAAGGACAAGUCAUGGUUCCAGAUGAAAAAUGCAACUACCAGUGCACCUGUUAUGUGUCUGAAUACUUCGAAGGAUUUUUGUGCGAGCCACUGUGUUUGACGUACAUUGACUAUGUUGAAUGCAUGCCAGGAUAUGAGAGAAAAAGCCGCAGAGUACCAGCGGGGCCUUCAGAGUUUGGGUGCAAUUGCGAAGUGUUAGAGUGCGUUCCAUCCUUCGAUAUUGAGUCAUUGAUCAACCUUUGAAAGUCACAAGCGAUGUA